GCCGCCAUUUUGAGUUAUAAUGAAACCGAUAGUUGACGUAAGAAUCCCCUUCUUUCCUAGAGCAAAAUAUUUUUGUUCAAUGGUGACGGCAAGGACGAGUGCGUGAGUGACAUUAAAAAUACAAAUCGAUACAAAUGUGAAUAUGACGUCCGUGGAUUCUGGUGUUGAAACUGGAAACGAUUCGAACGACAGCUUGGUUGCGCAGCACGAUAACUUGACAAAGGCUGGUCAAUGGGGAAGCGGUGUAACGACCAUCUCCACAAAUGUUUUGGCAUCAAUGGAAGUCCCAGUUGAGCAAACCAAUGUUCGCAAUAAUGUUGAGGUUAAACCAACAGAGCUGGUUGUUUUUCCAUUAGAAAAUUCAGGUCUAGGUAACGGUGGAACUUCUGGAACUAGCUACAACUUUGAAGCUGGUACCUCGGAUUCUUCGAAAUUGUAUUUCGUUCCAUGUGCAACCAAUAUUAGAAAAUUACAUCUCCCUCUGAAGUAUUCUAUACCCGAUUUCGAAGUGGCUGAUGCAGCAGGGGGGUCCUUUAGUAGGGAAUUCCAUAACAGGUAUUAUGGAACCAGUAGUGCGAGUAAGGUGCAUGAGAAAAUACGUUCUAUACGUCGUUGUCAGCGCUUUCAUCCAGUGUUAAAUGGGUUAAGAGAACGAGUUGCCGAGCGUAACAUGCGAAUAGCAGCUUCGGUUAAUAAUAUUGAGCAGAUGCAAAAUUUUUUAAGCAACGGUAUCUCACCAAAUCAUUGCGACACACAAGGUCGUUCUCCUCUUCAUUUAGCGUGUCUUAGAGGCCACGCAGAUAUGGUACGAAUUCUCCUGGAACACGGUGCCAAUCCCCUUAAGCGAGACUGCUUUGGUGACACUCCGCUGCAUAUAGCAGUUAUAACUAACAAAAUACCAAUAGUGACUCUCUUGUUGAUGGCAGGUACCGAUGUUCUUUCCGAGGACUAUCAUGGCUAUAAUCCGUUACAACUGGCUGAAGCCAAACUGAAAAUGUUGCAAAAUUGUAAAGGUUCAGACAUGAACAAAGUCAAGGAAGAAGUCCACAAUAUUGUGGCAAUGCUAUUUGCAUAUCUUCAGAAACAAAAGGCAGCUACGGAGCAAGUCGAAGCACUCAGUUCGUUUUGUUCUCGUAUGUCACUUUCUGAUACAUCCGAUCAAGUACAGGAUGAUGUCCGAAACUUAUUGGCGAACAUAGAGUCGCUCAAUAUAUAACCAAGCUAAAAUGAACUAUUGAACCGCUUAGUUGCAGUUCUGAUUUUGGAGCAGGAGAAAUUCGAAGAUCCAUCUUCUGUGUCAAGUUUUCUCGUCUUGGUUUAUAGAUUAUAUAUCACGGCGUAAGUGGUGGACAUUCGUUGGGGUUGAACUUUAAUAUAUUUUGUUUCACUACUGAACGAACAUCAAUAUGUUUCGUUGAAAUGAAAAUUGUUGAACAAUUUUUCAAGUGUGAAUUUUAGACUUCGAUUACGAUAAAUAUUUAAGUGAAGCUUGGUUUUUGAUAAAUAUAAUUCACAUUGUUCAUUGGAUCGAAAUGAAACGGUUGAAUUAUUUGUUCAUAAGUAGUACAUGUAAAUUGAAACAUUGUAAGAUAUGCGAGCUACUUGUGUGAACCAACAAUUCAAGUUUCUAUUAGGAAAUACGGUCUUUUGAUUCUUGAUUAUUCAUACUGUUACAUGUAUUUCAUUAGAAUUCGUUUAAUCGCGAAUGAAUACACGACUGACUUUUGCGAUCUCUGACAUGAUCUUUGAAAACUGCGACAUUUAAAAAUGAAAAUGACAAGUACAAUUGACUGAACCAUUCAUAUAUGUAAAUAAAUAUAUACGUUACUUUGAUGAGUUAGUUUUCAUUUUUAAUUCUCUAUAAGAAGUGUAUACUAUGCUUUGAUGGAUCUUCAAAAAGAUCAUUUAUCACCAUAAUAUAUUUUCUGCAGUAUCGACAGACCCACUCAUUCGAACACCUGAAAGUAGAAAAAACAAUUAUAAAAUAGUCCUGAUAAAAAGCAAUUUGUUUUCUCAACUAUGAUGUGUUACCGCGUCCACGGCCAAGUUAACAAGUGUAAAAAACUUAACAUUUUUCCCUUUCUUCUUUUCUAAUAACGUAUCUCUAAGAUGAGAUAGUCUUUUUAUAAUGUACCAUGUAAGUUUCUCCACCCGAUAGUUGUAUUUUUCACACACCGGGAACUCUGUUUCAUGUAUUGUAUCAUCUCUUGGAGAGAGAAACU